CUCUUGCGUUCAUUGUGAUUGUCGGAAAUGAUAUCAAAUUCGAGCAUCAAACUGAUCGAUGUAGAUGAGGUGAAAAUUCGCCGUUUUCUCUCAGAAUUUGGGAUCGUAAGGAGAAAGUAGAUGUAAGAAUGAUUGUUCGAUAAGAUAGCAUUGCAAAGACAUUUCAGCAGUAAUUCUGUCAUGGGGGAGAAACGAGAAGGCGGAGAGGAGGGCGGUGGCCACGCCCACCCCCACACCCACCACCACCCGCGCCGCAAGCGCUCGGUGGACUCCAGCAAGGCUGAUGAGACCCCGUCGUCCCAUCAGCGCACUCACUCUGUGAAACCUAUGGGCGGCCGCAAGAACAGCUUGUCCUCGCGCGUCAAACGAAAUCCCGACGGGGAGAUUAUGUCCUACAUGACAACGGAUCACAGCACCACGUAUGCUGUGGGAGAUAGUGUGUACGUUGAAAGCCCGCGGCCGGAUAUGCCGUAUUUCAUAUGCACGAUACAAGAUUUCAGAGUGAGUAAGCGAGACAAUGUGAUCGUCGGAGUCAAGUGGUUCUACCGUCAGUCUGAAGUACCAGACUCCGUCUACCAGCUGCUGGUCCAAGACAGGCACACUGAAAACGAUUCUGGGAUUGACUUGGUCACCAAAGACCCGAUCAUCAAGAGCAGGGAGCUCUUUGUAUCGGACACCACAGAGAACUACCACGUGUCUCUGCUCAGGGGUAAAGGGAAUGUGAAACACUUCAAGGACAUCCAGAAUGCUAAGGACUUCAAGGCCAGGCCGGAUACCUUCUUCUACAUCCUGGGCUAUAACCCGGAGACAAGACGUCUUGCCAGCACCCAGGGGGAGAUACGGGUCGGGCCCAGUCACCAGGCCGUCCUGCCUGAACUCCGGCCCAAGCUGAAGCAGCCCAGUGGUCUGCUGAUCACCAAGCAUGAGGAGCUGACUUGGCGACCUGUCAUCCACGACAUUGACCUCAAGAUGUAUCUCCAGGCAGCAAGGAGUAUGGCAGCUUUUGUUGGUAUGUGUGAUGGAGGCUCACCCGAGGAAGGAUGCGAAGUAGCCUCCAAGGAUGAUACAACUAUCAAUGCACUGCAGUGUCUUCAUGAGAACAGUUACAACUGUGGCAAGGCUCUGCAGGCUCUAGUCAAGACCUGUGUCCCUCGCUCUGUUGAUAAGAAGUGGAAUGAGCAGGAAACGAAAAUGUUUGUGAAGGGGCUGCGCCAGUACGGCAAGAAUUUCUUCCGCAUCCGCAAGGAGCUUCUCCCACACAAAGAACGGGGUGAUCUUGUAGAGUUUUACUACUACUGGAAGAAGUCCCCCGAGGCGUCCGGCCAGAGGAUUUAUCGUCGACAUCGUAGACAGAGCGUCCUCCGCCGAAUCAAGACAUGUGCCCGAGCCAACAGGCCUCCCUCUAAUGAAUUCUUGGAUUUGAGCUCAGCGUGUGAGAGCGACAUGGAUAGUGAUGACAGCGAGAGAGACUUCAGUAGCUACGCUUGCCGACACUGCUUCACUACAACAUCUAAAGAUUGGCACCACGGGUCUCGAGAGCGGAUCCUCCUCUGCACCAACUGCAGGCUCAGCUUCAAGAAGUACGGCGAGCUGCCGCCCAUUGAGAACCCCCGCGAGCCGCCGGCGUUCAUGUUCAAGCCAGUCAGGGAGGGGGAGUCCUACGACGUCGUCCGCCACAAACUCAGGAGCCGAAGGCAGAGAGAUUUGGUAAGCUCAACGCUCCGUAGUGGACGCAACAAGCACGGCAGCGUCAGCGAGCCCUGCAGCCCUGUGAACAUCGAACGGAAGCAGGAGAAGCAUCGCCACUCCCCGUGUUCUCUCAGCACCUCCAGCGAUAGCAGCAGCAAGUCUAGCGAGAAGAAAAUCAAGGAGGAGCCAGGUACAGAUCACCCAGGGAGUCCGUCAGUGCCGUCCAUUAAGCAGGAACCAGCCGGCGAAGAUGAGGAAGACGAAGACGAGGAAGAUGAAGACGAAGAUGAGGCCGAGGAAGGAGAGACAACGGAAGAAUCCGGGAUGAGGACUGAGGAACAGGAAACAGAGGAAGCAGGAGCACCUGAAGUAGAUGCACCAGAGCUGGAACAGAUGGAAACCAACUCGGACAACGACCAGGAUGCCGCAACAACGACAGACAGCAACAGCACCACAAAUGCAAACGACGAGUCAAGCCACCCUGAAGGGGAAGGGAUGUCAGAUGACGUCAGCUCUUCAUCCCGAUCGCCCUCUCCAACGGCCGAGUCCGAAAGUCAGGACCAGGCAGAAUCAGUACCUCUCAUCAUACCCGUGGUGAAAGUCAAAGAGGAAAAGAUUGAUACGGAUACCAACGACAGUGACAUUGAAGCAAAUCGCCAUGCAACCUCCUCGUCUCAAGCAUUUUCUGUCAUCCAACGCUUUGAGAGUCCUGACCGGGUGCCCGCAAGACAGUCCUUUGAAGGCCGCCCAAGUUCAGGCAGUCCAUCCCUUGCCAAGCCAGAAACAUAUUAUCGCCCUCUUCCAAUGCCUCUCAUCAAAAAAGAAAAGGUUGAUCGGGAAGACCCUUAUCAGCAUCAACCUCUUCCAUUGAUAAAGAAAGAACCGAGACCGGACAGAGGGGAUGAACUUUCUAACUCGGAGUCACCAAGAAUGCAGACACCAGAUCGCCUUUCCAAUUUGAGCAACCAACAAGGAAUGCUGCCGGAGUCUUUCAGGCAACCUAAUGAACGUUUCAGACAUCCCAUUGACUAUCUUCGUUCUAACGAAAGAUUUUACUUCCCUGAUGGCAGUUUAAGACCGCCAGUCCCUAGUCUACGCCCUCCGUCAGAAGGCUUCACCUCGAAACCUCCGGCUGAAAAAUCUAGAUUCCAGUCAGAGGGCUUUGGUCCUCCCCCAGAACUCCUGAAAACGCAAAAGGCUAACUCGAAAAAUUCUGAAAAGGAAAAGCUUGCACAAGAAGAUCAAGGUCAGAUAAGGUAUUCAAUAGAUUACUUUAAAAGCCAAGCUGAUCGCAUGCAGCUCUCAAGUGACAGCAUGAGGCAACUGAAAGCAACUUCGGGUUCAUGUCAGGAGGAGUCGGGUGUAUUCGAUGAACGAUUGAGAGCUUCUGGCAACACGAGCAUGCCUCCUGACUUUAGAUAUAGCCCCAAGCCUCUUGCUGCUCGUUCUGAUAUGCAGAAAGAAGCAAAGUCUCGUGAAGAGUACAGGUCAUCUCCAAAGUUAAAAUCAUCCCCUGAUUUUUCCAGAGCUCAGCCUGAGUCAAGAGUCUCAGCCGAACCCUCAAGAUCACCAGGGGAGAAAAACACACCAAGUGCAGAGCAUCGAUAUCCCAUACUUGAGCGUGGCAGACCUUUAGGAAGCCAUUUCAAACGCCAUGAGGAUAGGUCAAAGCCUUUAAUGGAAUCCCCCAAACCACCAGAAGAUUAUCUAAGGUCUUUGGGGGAGCAAGCAAGACGUCAACCUCUAGGGAGUCAUAUAGGUCAUCCCAGGGAUCAGAUACGAUUUGGAGAGCAUUUUAGGCCAGAACUGUUUCGACCUGGAGAACCCCCAAGACAUGGUGAAUAUUUCAGGCCUAGUCAGCACGUAAGGCCUGGUGAUCAUUUGAGGUCAGUGGAUAGUGUGCGGCCUGGAGAGCAUCCUGGUGUUGGUGAAACCCCGAGACCGGGAGAUCAAGACAUACCAGCAAAUCAUUCAAAGCAAGGGAAUUUACAUGACCAUCUGAGACUAGGCGAGCAUCCCAAGCAAGGAGAUCGUCCAACCUUUAUUGAUAAUCCAAGAACAGGAGGACACCCAAGACAAGAUGAUUACCCUAGGUCCGGAGAAAGAUGGGAAGACACCAGAGAAUUGAAGAAACUUCCUAGAUUUAGUGAUGAGACUUCAUGUGGAGAAGUGCACAAAAUGGCGCAUUAUAGACCUGAGCUUCAACAAAGACCUAGAGAGCAGCAAGGGAAGCUCUGCAGACAUGUAGACAACCCAGCAAGACCUCUGGAGCAUAUCCGACCCGCUGAGCAUCCUAGACCAGGAGAGCAUCCCAGAUAUCGCGAGUGGCAUAGUUUCGGGGACCACAUUGGAUCCAGGGAGCUCCUCAGACCUGGAGAACCCCCUAGAUUAGGAGAACCCCCAAGAUCAGGAGAACCCCCAAGAUCAGGAGAACCCCAAAGAUUAGGAGAACAUAUUGGGCAACCAGAGUGCCCUGCAUCAGGAGAGUUGCAGAGAUCAAGGGAACUGCCAAGGUCAGGAGAGCUUCAGACAGUCGGAGAGCUAGGGCAAGUUGGAGAGCCUCUGAGACUUGCUGAUGAUCGUCACAGGUCUGGAGAAUAUUCCAGAUACAGUGAGCACACGGUGUCUAAUGAGCGUGUCUUGAAACCUCCGAGAGAGAGUCCCAUGCCACCUCCUGAGCCCCUGAAGCCUUCUGACUUAUCCAAAUACCAUCCUGUAUUCCUGAAAACAGAAAGAAAUGAGGAGCCUGGACCUGAAAAGUCGGUCAUAGGUGGGGAAGCUCCUCCUCAUCCGGAGGUCCAAAAGCCAGAGGAAGACACCAGAGAAUCUAACAGUGAGGAAGAAGAGGAAGAAGACAAGGGUGUAUAUCCCCGGAUGCCUUCACCUGAUCCUGUCGUUGUGGAUCGAACUGAUUAUGUCAGUUCUUCUGCAAGGUUCAUUCGCCACUGGCAUCGGGGCGUUAACUCUUGCAGUCGGACGGACAUGAUCUUCUCACCACUGGACAGCUCCAAACUGGCUGCCAAGAGGGCUAAAAAUGCCGCAGCCGCAGCUGCAAAGGAGAAGGAGGGGAAGAAGACCGUCAUUAAGAAGGAGCCUACCUCCAAGGAUGAGAAGGAUGCCAAAGCCAAAGAUGAUGGUCGUCAGAGGAGGCCUAGCAGCACUGACAAGCCGACAAAGAAACCUGAUACGCCCCCUGAGAACAAUACAGCUGAUGCACAGGUGACUGGCUCGUAUGGCUUGCAGCAGGGCCAGGUUUCUAUGCCACCACCUAGAGGUUCCCCAGGGUUCGCAGGAUACCCCGGCCAGGACAUGCCAGCAAUGCGCACCUUGAGCGAGUACGCCCGGCCCCACUCGGUCAUCGUGCAGGGCAACCCAGCCAGCAACCUGAUGGGACCCGACCCCAUGCUGCAGUACCAGCUGGAGCAGGUUUAUGCCCUGGGCAGCCGGGAGGCCCAGAUUGACCUCGUGGAGCGGGAGCUCAGGGAGAGGGACAUGCGCCAGAGGAUGCUUCAGGAACGCGAGAUGGAGCUGUGGGAUCGGGAGAUGCGCGAUCGCGGAUUGAAACCGGGCUAUGAGCAGCAGUACGCUGGAGCGCGCACCUCAACGGCGACGCCCCUCGCGGCUUACCCUCCCCACCCUCACCAUCCCGGUGAGCCGCUGCCCUCCCCACAGCAGCUGAACGCUGCUGUCUAUGCACACAAUCUAGAGCGAGCGCAUGCGGAGCACCACCUACGAAUGCACGGCCCGGAGAACUCUGCCUUUUCCGUGGACCGUCUGACAUCGGAGCGCAUCCAUCUUGAGCGCAUGGCCCUGAUGGGUGAUCCAAGGGCUGCUGCUGCUGCUGCUGCUGCUGCAGCUGGGCGACCCCCGACCCCUCAUCAUCACUCGCACUCACACUCACACACCCAUGUGCACUUCCAUCCCCAAGAGCACAUCCACCAUACCUACCUCUCUCAAGGUGGGGUCCUCCCAGACCAGCCUGCCCCGGCGGUCCUUCAACCAACCUUACACCUCCCUCCCAAUCCUCUCUCCGUACCCCAGCCCCCGCACCCGAUGAUCAACCAGGCUGCUGCAGCUGCUGCUAUAGGGGGUCCCCCUCCCUCCUUACCCCAUGCCAGAUUAUACAGGCCCCCAUUACCUGACGUACUGGCCCAGCAGAUACAACAUGAGCACAUACAGCGACAGAUGUUGUCAGAACGUCACCCCUAUCCACCUCCACCCCCGCCAAGAUAAAUUAGAUUAUCAUGCUCCCUGAUAGGUUCACCCGACCUUCUGAAGGUCUGGGUUAGUUUUGGUGCAGUAAUGUUAUUGCCAGUAUUUUAACAAUAGUUGCAAACUAUGAGUUAAGUUUCUUGGGAGGGGAUCAGUUUAUCAAGUCAUCAAACCACCGUUAUGUGUGUGUUUUCAAACAGAAAUGAGGCCGAGCUGUGAAAAAAAGACAGUCGUGUUUAUUUUUAGCCCCGUGGCGGCUGCCUGACCUACAGUUUAGACGUGGGGGCGCCGGGAGAUUUUCAGGUCAGGGAACCAGACUAGCUGUCUCUAAGAAAAUACAACUCUAUGCAGUUAGUGUACUGGUAUAAACUGGUUGCGUAUCUCAAUUGCAUGUAUUGGUCCCUCGUGUAAACGUAGUGUCGAUAUUGUGUUGACACGGUGUAAUUGCAGCGUGAAAAUUGUCCGAGGAUGGUGUACCCGUAGAGUAAACAUCACAUUAACGCAGUGUUUACUGAAUUACGUGAUGAUUGUGUGAUGUGAGGUUUGACAAAUUGUGAACAAAGUGCAAACACAUUAAGUGCUCAAACAGUGUGGAUAUUGUGCUGAUUCUUUGAAACACUAAGCUGAAGCAAAGGGCGUUCUGCGAAAGCAUUAGACAAAAAGGCACUGCCCUAGUUUUUAAAAGUUGUGGGUUUUUUUAACAACUGUUUUCAUGACACGUGUAAAUAGUAAUACAGUUCUCAUAAAAAAAACAAAUUCUUUCGUUAUUUAACAGAGUGCGUAAAAGAGAUUCUUAGAAUAAUAUAUAUAUAUUUAUACAUAUAAAAUUGUUUAGACGGAAGUAUUAUUUGAUUUGGAACUCUAGAAAUGAAUUACGAUUCUGAACCCUGGUGCUGUCCCGCUGGAACUCUUCGAAAAUAGUACUUAUGUUAAGUUCUGGUUCCACUUGUCAGAUUCUGUUGGGCCUCGAGUGAUGAGACGUUGUGCUUGUACUCAAUUCCUAAACAUCACCUGCAGCUCCAAAUCAUUGGUGAACGUUACCGCUCGCGAUCGGAUGUAUUGUUUUCAUUCGUGUUUUAGGUGGUCUUGGUAGUGAAUGAAAAUAUCGUACACAUACACCAUGUUGCCUCGAACCCCCCCCCCCCCCCUCCACCCGUUACAUCCUUCCUUCAAACUCCUCAGAGAGUUUUUAUAGUUUUUGGCGGAUUUUGCAAGAAUGAGGAAGGCAGACCCGCCACAGUACGAGUAACGUACGGAUGAGCGGUAUUCAUGAAGGUCCCGGACAAAAAUGAUAUUAGGGUUGUGAAAGUUAGUGUGUUCAGUGUUUAGGUUUUUGUGUAAAGUGAUUUGUAGUCGACCAUUCCCUACCUCCGUGCCCAAUGAAGUGCGUGCAUUUCACCCUGUAUUAUUCACACUCUAGUCAUAAUCACGCGCACCAUGCAUGCAGUUGAAGUUCGGGAACAGGAAGUUACAGUAUCAUAGAAUAAAGAUCGUGAAUGAAUUACUUGAAGAAUGCAACAACUCGACACAACACGUGUACAUGUACAUUAAUGAUACUUAGUUUUUAAGCACAAAGUUACUAUUGUAGACGGAAUUGUAAUAAAGAGUAUGGAAGUAAAUCAUA